AUGUAUCUGCUGUCGGCACAAGGGAGAACGAGCAGCAAGAAGUGCCUCGUCCACGACGAUCUAAUUCGAGCAUCAGAAGUAGAAGCCCGGGGAAUGUGGACGAAAGCUUGCAGCCUAUGCGACGCCAGCCUCCAGCAUAUAGUUUGGCAUCAGUGCUCGCAGUGUCCCGGUCUUCGAUACUGCCAGGACUGUGCUAUCAAUAUUCCGGCACUCCAUCCAGGCCACUCCUUUCACAUUUCAAGGCCAGAUCUGCAGAACGAUCCAGGUCAGGAAGGCGAACGGGAUCAGACCAGCCUGGGCGGUUCAGUUAGCCGCUCACGAGCGCCGCAAUGCGAUGUGUGCGAGGAACUUUUAUAUGACCUGCGCUACGAGUGUCAAGUCUGCCUGGACACCAACUUGUGUUCAAGUUGCCGCAAAUUUCAUCCAGAUCAUGCUUUGAAGGCCAUCACAUGUCCAUACGAUGGUGAAUCUGAUGCAUCCUGCGAUGCCGAGGCGGGGGGUGAGGAUGAGGAUGAGGUCGAUGAUGAAGAUGACGUUGACGAGCAAAGGCAAUGCACUAAUGUUGUCCAAGAGGACGCAGACAGCGCGCUGGCUAACUGUGAUGAUGCUAUUUCGUCCUCCCUGGGACCGUUCCACGAUUCCGGUGAAGCCGGCAUAUUGGAUAAAUCGGACGAUAACCGGGCGGCCGCACGAGCCCCGCCGCAAACAAAAUCAAAUGCGACAGGAAAAAGGGCUGGAUCAUCAUAUAUCGGAGUCCCCAUAGAAGAGUAUCAAAGGAUGGUCAAGGCCACGCAGGCAAUCGAAGCUAUGGCAGGUGUCGCAGAAGAACUUUUUGGGACGCCAGCAGCUAAAACAUCUGCCAUCACCAAGAAGUUUGAUUUAGGUUCACUCGACCCUGAAGAUCUUGCCGGUCUCGACGACGCAGAUGAGGAGGUGUCCCAUCGCAAGGAUAUAGGAGACGAUGACGAGGAUAAUGGAGAGGACGACAACAACGAACAAGACAGCGCAAGGGCCACAAACGCGAUGCGGCACUCACGCCCCAAGGGCAGUCGUCGCCCGCGCGUAUGGACUCCUCAAGACCGCAAGGUGCUGCGCGAGCGGAAACUCGAAGGUUGGACAGACCAACGUGUAGGGGAUCUGCUGGGAAGAAGUGCCGGUGCAGUAGCACAGCAGUGGCGUAAACAGAAAUAA